AUGGACAUAGAUGAGGCAGGCAAAACAAGACUUCUCCAAAUGAGUGAACUUGAGGAACUAAGGAAUGAAGCAUAUAUAAGUUCAAGAAUCUAUAAGGAGAAGAUGAAGGCUUAUCAUGAUAAGCACAUUAGGAGGAAGAACUUCAUUCAAGGUCAAAAGGUACGACUUUUUAAUUCAAGACUUAGAUUAUCUCUUGGAAAACUAAAUCUAGAUGGAAUGGGUCAUACAUUGUUUUACAUGUUUUAGAUAAUGGAGCGAUUAAACUUUUUGAUCCCAAAAAUGAUAGAUCUUUUAUUGUGAAUGGUCAACAUUUGAAACUCUAUCUUGAACAUGAUCCUCAACCAUCUAAAGAGUCUUUGCUCCUUACUAACCCAUGAGUUUACAUGAGUCUAGCUAAAGACAUUAAACAAAGCACUCUUGGGAGGUACCCCAAACCUUAAAUAGAUAUCCCUUUGUUUUGUUUGUUUUUGUGAUCUCUUCUUUUUUUCUUCCUAUUUUCAAUCAAGUAUAGAGGAGAAGAAAUGAAGAAAAUAGUGAAAGGAGAAGCCCAACAAUACCACAACAUCAAAACAACUCAAAACAAUUCAGGUUAUAUCCUUCCCCUUGAGCUAUGUUUUCAUACAUGAGCAUGUAGUAUGCUUGCCAUUAAGGCCAAUGGCAUUUAAGUGAAGGGAUCACCUAAAUUACAUGAAAUUUGGUAAAUUUUCAACUUUAAAGCAUGCAGAUUGCAGCAUAUUUAAUGCAACACCCUAAUAUAUUAUCCUUUUCCAAUGCCAUCAUUCUUUGGGUCCAUCUUGGAUGAGUAUGAGAGGAUGAUUAUGAUUUAGGAGGGGGAGAAAAACUGAAAUCUUGUCCACUUGCUGUCCUCAGCAUUAAAGUUCUCCAUUGUCCUCUUAAGGCUAGGUUCCCUAGUUCCACCUACUUGUGUCUCCUACUAGGGAGAGCUAUUCUUCUCCAAUCCCUUUGGUUUAUUUAGAGUCCUUCUUCCCAGCCAAGUAACCUUGAAGUAUAUUAUAAGUCCUUGGUAGCUAGCAAAAGUAUGAAGCUCCUAGAAAAUCAAAGUAAAAAAAAAAAAGGUUAUAUAAUGGAGCAAGGGUUAGAGUGGGGUAACAAAAGAAAAAAAAAGAAGAAGCUCAAAGUCAAAGUUAAAGUCAAAGUUUACAAGUGUUGUGAUUUAAAAUCUGCAUCUUAACCUCCUUAAGGCAAAAAGGCAAUGUAUGUAAAGCUUAAAGUCUGCCUACCCCAACCUUAGUGGCAAUUGAGGCUUCAAGUAAUUUUCAACAGAAAGGGGGGAUAGAAGGUUAA